ACGUGGGUACUCCCGGUUCCGGCGCGCUAGAGGCCCCGGGUGGUGAACGAGGCUCCGGCACCAUGUCUGGUUUGUUUGGCCCACUCUCCUGGCCUGGCCCUCUCUCGUCCGCCUGGCUCUUUCUGUUCCUGCUCGGCCCCAGCUCGGUCCUCGGCAUCUCCUUCCAUCUGCCCGUGAACUCUCGCAAGUGUCUCCGAGAGGAGAUCCACAAGGACCUGCUGGUGACGGGCGCGUACGAGAUCACCGACCAGUCUGGGGGCGCUGGCGGCCUGCGCACCCACCUCAAGAUCACAGAUUCUGCUGGCCAUAUUCUGUAUGCCAAAGAGGAUGCAACUAAGGGGAAGUUUGCCUUUACCACGGAAGACUAUGACAUGUUUGAAGUGUGUUUUGAGAGCAGGGGAGCAGGGCGGAUACCUGACCAACUCGUGAUUCUAGACAUGAAGCAUGGAGUAGAGGCGAAAAAUUAUGAAGAGAUUGCAAAAGUCGAGAAACUGAAACCACUGGAGGUGGAGUUACGACGGCUGGAGGACCUUUCAGAGUCCAUUGUUAAUGACUUUGCCUACAUGAAGAAGCGGGAAGAGGAGAUGAGGGACACUAAUGAGUCCACAAACACCCGGGUACUGUACUUCAGCAUCUUUUCCAUGUUCUGCCUCAUUGGACUAGCCACCUGGCAGGUCUUCUACCUGCGUCGCUUCUUCAAGGCCAAGAAGUUGAUAGAGUAACGAUGCUCGGUCUUCUGUCCCCUGGAGCCAGCAGAACAUCGCUGGGACAUGCCUGGCCUAGCCCAAGGCCACCCUACUAACAGUACCAUCAAGGCACAGCUGAGCUUUCUUGCCAGAACUGAUUCUUUUGGUAUGGGAGAACAUGGGCUCCACCUAUACCCUACAAGUCAAUGAGAACUUUAAUGCAGUAGGAUUUGGACUGGUUUUGCAACAAGAUUAUUAAAGUCGCCUAUGGAAAAAACAAAACAACAAACAGGGGUUACCUAGAUAACGCCAAAGCCAGCAUUUGUCCUGGGUCGCCUCACAGGAUCUGUUUGAGCUGUUUGCUUUUUCUCUCCCUCUUGCUCAUUGCCUUGAUCCUUCACUCUAGUUCUCCUCCCAAGGUUUCUCUGACCAUGGUCAGCUCUUUGAUAUCAGUUGUCUCUGGUUUCCUUAUGAAAACACUUUGAACUUCUCUUGGUCCUUAGAAGAAAUGUUUACAUAGCUUCUGGUGAUACCCUUCAUAAUUUUAUGUCUCCUAAAAGGGUCAUGGGUGGGACACAUUAAAAAGUGAGCUUUGAACUGUAGAUAAUCUCUUAAAAGAAAAUCUCAUUUUAGACCAUUAAAAUGUUUGUGCUCAACUGCUUGAAGUCCUUGUUUAUGUGUGUUUAGUUCUGUCCAGUUUAUCACUUGUAGAUCCUGUCGAUCAUUUCAACAUUUCAAGGUAGAGUAGUUCCAUCUCAUGGUCUUCAUUUUUUUCCUGUUGUAGCUAGCCACUCCCUUCUUCACCUCUGGCUCUGGCUCCCUAAUCUUCUCCCCUUUUCUGAACCUUUGUAACUCUGUUACGUAAAUGGGUCAUCAAGGGUGUAACCUUUGGAGGUUGACUUUCUCCACUCAGCAUAAUUCCCGUGAGGUGCCUCUCAAAGGUGUUGCACAUACUGAUUUUCCUCCAGGUUAUGGAUGGUACUGCAUUGUGCUUAAAGGUCCUGUGGGUGGGCCUGGGGAUUUGGCCCUUAACUACUAAAGUUCUUAUAUGAAUGUAAGUUUUCAUCACUCUGGGAUAAAUGCUUCAGAGGGCAAUUGCUGUGCUGUGUGGGAAGCACGUGUAGUUCUAAAGGAAGCUUCUCUGCUCUUGUCUAGCGUGGCUAGAGCAUGUUACAUUUCACAUUCUCAUUAGUUUUUAUCAUUACUAUUUUAACUUAGCCCCUUGAACGGGUACCUAUAAUAUCUCAUUAUGGUUUUAAUUUGCAUCUUCAUAAUGGCAGAUGGUGUUGAACAUCCUUUCUUUCUUGUGCGUGUCAUUUGUCAUCUGUAUGUCCAUCAAAAUGUCUAUUGGUGGCUUUUGCCCAUUUCUACAUGGAUCAUUUGUUCACUUCACUGCUGAGUUCUGUGUGGGGCCUCUAUCAAAUGGGUUGUUGCUUGAACUUUUCAUAUAACUUCUACCAGAAAAAAUGAGUAAAUUUUACCAGCCCUUCAUGCAUGGCCAAUCACUGAUCUAAUUCCCAUUCUUCAGUGUUAUCUCUGAGACUUUGACAUACAGGGUUUAACUUGGACAUCUGGGAAUGUCACAGUAAAUACUUGAAAUUAUAUGUUGUAAAAACAAAGCCAAGGUUCAUUUGGUGGAAGUUAUAGGUGCCUCAAGGCAGUUCUGGGAGUGUACCUCAGGUAGGUAGAGUACCCACCUAACAUACAAAGACUCUGGGCCGAUUGCCAGCACUGGGGGGAUGUAGGUACAAAUGCUUGUAAACAGGAACAAUACUCAUUUAUUAUCUAACGUCUUUCCCACUUCUCCUGGGAAAGUGUUGUAAUCUUUUAACCCUGCUGACCUGUUACAGAGCUUGUCUUAAUUGCAGUUCUGAGAAUUACAGGAGGGCUUAGGCCCAUGCUGCUUGCAGUUAGGAAGUGGAAUAUUGAAGUUAUCAGAUAACACCGUUAAGAUGACCUGGGUGAAGUAUGAAGGUGAACGGGAAUGAUUUAUGUGGUUAAGUCUCAGGCUGUUCUGUUAAGGUUCUAGUUACUAUAAACUCAAAAGCCUUCUUUGUCUUAGGACUCCCAUAAAUUCCUCUUGCUUGGCGUCGUGUUCUCUGGUACAACAGUGCCAUCUGCUGUUGAAAAAUGAUAGGUCUUCUAAGAGCUUAGCAUGCAAGUCCUCACCAUGGCAAACAGCAGAUGAUCAGAAAUCUGUGACAUUCACAUAUCAAGUGAUAGAAGAACAAUUUAAGUAUGAAAAGAAUAAACAAUAAAAGAAUAAACUUUUGGGUCAAAAUGCAUCCCUAGACUUUUAAAUGUAGAACCAUAGUCUGCCUGUACCAUUAGCCUAACAGGAGACUCCUAUUUUCUGACUUGUGCCUUCCCCUCUUUAAUGAGCAAUGACAGCCCCUCUAUUAGAUUUCUGUUUUCAGAGAGGAGAAAAUUAGAGCAUUUUGUCCAUGUUUUUGUUUCCAAGAACAACUGUAAACUUAAGCUUUGUAGGACUGAAAUUUUUUCAAGUCCUUUUGAUCAUUUUGAUUCAUGCCAAAACCAACCAAACUGGACAUUGUGCUUUCAGUUUAAUUGACGAGCAUUUGCCUUUGACAAUAGGCUAGCACAAAAGCAUAUCAGCUUUAUAAACAGGUAUAUUAUCUGCUUCCCUCCAUUUUCAGCAUAUUCAAAAUAAUCUGAGAAUAAUACAGUUUCAAUAAGCCUUGUUCCAUCCCAUUGUCAUGAGUCCCCAGUCAGAGCCAUCUUCUGUUUGUUAAUGGGAAGAGGCAUGUGGGAUUUUUAUACAGGCUCACCUGUUGAAGAUGUUUGUGUAAACUUUCACAAAUAAAGGCUAGCAGAAACCA